AUGCGCGCGACAGGCGCUUAUCUAUCCAAGGGCUUCUGGGGACGCAGCAUUGAUGAAUUCAAACGGCUGGCCAACAUUAGUACGGGCAUCUCCUUGCUUCUCUGCGCCUUUAAACUCGAGGGUAUCAAAGGCCCCUCCGGGCCUCUCUCCCUCCACAGCUUCCACAGCCGCGACUCGAUAGAAUUGACCAAAACGCUAAGCGACAAAGACAUCGGCGGCUUCUCCAAUGUAGCGCUCGACUGGGUUGAGCGCCCAGCAUCUCCGGGCGACGACGAGUCCAUAGAAGGACCCGGGUACGCCCGUUUCCACGGCACGAUAUCGACGGAGCUGCCGCCGAACAAACCCAACGUCGAACGGUCGGGAUACGCCGCGUGGCGCACUCUCGACCCCAAGCCGACACUCUUCGGCAAGUCGCUGUUUAACAUCGACAUGUACACGUAUCUCGCGCUUCGGGUCCGCUCAGACGGCAGGAGCUAUCUAGUGAACGUGCAGACCGAGUCCGUGGUGCCGACGGAUCUGCACCAGCACCGGCUGUUCGCGAAGCGGCCCGGGGAAUGGGAAACGGUGCUCAUCAAGUGGAACGACUUUGUGCGCACGAACCAUGGCUUCGUAGUUGAGCCGCAAACCGAGAUCAUGCGCCAGAAGGUGCGCACGCUCGGCAUUGGCCUGACAGAUCGGGUACCUGGGCCUUUUAAUCUUUGCAUUGAGCGCAUAUGGGCGACCAACGAUAUGGGGGAGGGGGAGGAUAUUGUCACGGCCCCUGCUACUAAUGCCAAAGAGGGCCAGUUAAAAGAUAAGCAAGGUCGACAUAUUAAUUGGAGCGAUGAAUAA